AUGCUACAUUCGCGUCUGCGGCCAGCUCCCCUCCGCAAAGCCUCUACAGCCACCCCCACGGAUGCGGCCCCGGCACCAGACUUUCACGAUGCAGACAGGAGCUCGGAUUUCGAAGAGUCCGCAGAGGAUCUCUUCGGUGCUUUCCUGCCUCAUCUCUUUCCCGAUGAUGCGCCUUCGUUCUAUGGUGAUCCUGGCCAGUACCUCCUCUACUCGUCCCCACACUAUGGCGAGCUGGAAAUCAUGAUUCCAUCCUAUCCAGGCCAGGAUAAAAAGAAGUCGGAAGAGGGCGCGAUCGGACCGGAGAAGAAGGAGGGGGCUACUCAGACCAAUCAGGCUGAGGAUGGGAGACAGCUGUUUGCGCAUUUCUUGUGGAGUGCGGGGAUGGUUGUGGCUGAAGGUGUUGAGAAUGCGAGUUGUCCGGCUACUGAGAACGACUCUGACGCGCAGAAAGAAGCUCGUGAGAUCUGGUCUGUGGAUGGGGAAACGGUGAUGGAACUCGGGGCAGGUGCCGCUCUGCCAUCGCUUAUCUGUGCCCUCGCCAAUGCCUCGCUAGUCGUCGCAACAGACCACCCUUCCUCACCAGCCCUGACUGGUGCAAUCGAGUUCAAUGUGAAGCAGAACCUCCUGAAACGUCAAACUUCCCAACAGACCGCCGUCGCUAUUCAGCCCCACGAAUGGGGAACCGUUACCGACUCCUUCUCCCAAUCCCACAAGGGGACAUUUACCCGCAUUAUUGCUGCGGACUGCUACUGGAUGCGCUCACAGCACAAGAAUCUCGCCCGAACAAUGGAGUGGUUCCUUGCCCCUGGAGGCAGAGUCUGGUGUGUGUCUGGGUUCCACACGGGCCGGGCCAUCGUGGCGGACUUUUUCAAGACUGCACUCGAGAACGGAUUUGAGGUUGAGCGAAUCUUCGAGAGGGAUCUUGUCUCAAGGGAUAAGGAGGGCGGGGAAAUUCGGCGGGAAUGGGCUCCCUUCCGGGAGGGCGAGGGCCCUGGUAAUCGACAGCGGUGGUGUGUCAUUGCGGUUUUGAAGAGGAGAGAGUAA